UGUGUGAUUGCUGUAAACCUGAUUUUGCCGAUCAGCAGAAGGUCGGACAACAAAACCAGCAGCAACAGCAACAGCAGUGUGUUUGGAGCUGGUUACUGGUUAACUGGUUAAUUGUGUGCCGAGUUAGUUUACUGGGAGUUUAACCGGAAGCUGCUCGGUCGGCCGGUCAGUUUGUGUCUUUCAGCCCGGAAACAGUUUGCAGCUAACAGGCUAACGUUAGCAUGCAGGGAGCUAACUUGCUGAAAAGGAAGGGGGCGGAGCCUUGGAUCUGCCAGCAGAAGCGGCUGUGUUUGGAGGCGGAGCUUCAGAUAGCAGAGUAUCCAAUGGAAAUGUCCCAUGAUGUGCCUGUGACCAAUCAGCAGCAGGAGCAGCAGGUCGGAUCGACCCCGACUGGACCUCAGCGCCGCUGUCCCCGCUGUCCCCGCUGUCCCCGCUGUCUGGGAGGAGAACCGGGCCACAUCAGUCACAUGCUGGGUCAGUGAGAGGAAGAGGAGGAGCUCAGAAACCGUCCAAUAACAUGUCUGUCCAUCCAGUGGAAGAACCAAUCAGGUGCCUUUCUGUCGGUUUAUCAGGAAGUUAUAUCUGGAAACUCGCCGUUCCCUCAAAGACUUAGUGAGCCAUGACCCAGCAUCGCCAUGGAGACGGGUCAGUCAGCACGGUGUGUUCAGGGACACUCUGAUCUAACAUGUCUCUGAACACACCUGAUUCCUGAUUGGCUGACUCAGUUUUGGUGAGGCGUUUGCUGCCUUCAGGGCUUUUCUUCUUCUGUAGUGGAAAAAAGACUUUGAUCCAUGUCUUCCUGGUCAUGUUUACUGGCAUCAUGAGAGGCUUCUAUAUUUUUAAUUCAGACCUGACUGAAUGUAAGAUGGUGUCCAGCUGACAUCAUUUCCUGCUCCAGGCUGACCAAUCAGAGAGCAGUUAUUGUACUGUAGACAGAUUUAAAAAUAAAACGUCAGUGAACAGCUCUGGUGUCUGAUUGUCCCUCGGUCAGGUGACUACAGGUGAGCAUCGCGUCAUCCGAAGGGUCUGCACGCCAUCCAGUGAUGUCAUCUGUGCCUCAAUCUGAGGCUCCACCCACUCAGGUCAUUGACAUGGCGCCUAUUCACAGAAAGCCAGAAAACCGCUGGCGGCCAUCUUGCUAAUAUUAGCUAGCUUGCCUUCCCAGAUAGGAGGAAGGCGAGCUAGGUAACAGCGCCACCUUCCUCCCUUCACACACACAAACACGACUCCCACCACAAGAUCCUGACCUGAAGGUUGGAGCUACUGGAUCACAAACUACCAGGGAAUUUCCUACUUGUUUCCCGGAAUGCUUGCUGCUGUCUGUCAUGCACUUCAGUUCAUUAACUAGUUGAAACCGUUUGGAUGGGAACGGUCGCGCAUCGAGUCUUUGACGAGCAGCAGCGUUCCAGAUGGUUUCAACUCCAGAUCCCAUGAUGCCUCAGGGCCGCUCCUCCCCCAGCGCAGGGUGGAGAGUGGGAGGAGGAGCGGAGGGGGAGUUUGGGAAAGAAUGCCUGGAAUUCAUUUCCUGUCGAACAAGUUUCACAGCGAGGAGGAGACGGAGAGUCAUGUCCAAGUUUGAGACGUUGCUCCAGAGUGAGAAGGAGACAAGGGACUGACUGACUCCUUCUCCUCCUGCUGGGAUUCUGACUCCUGCUUCUCCUGGAGGAACCCAUGAUUCCUGCUGCAGGAGGAACCGGACCGACUCCUGGGUGAAACGGGCUUUACUCCUGCUGCAGGAGGCGCAGCAUGGCCGAGCCGCUGCUGAGGAGAACCUUCUCCAGGCUGAGGGGCAAAGACAGGAGGCGCAGGAAGACGGAGCCCAAACUGAGCGAGCCUUCAGUCAGCUCUGCUGCCAUUCAGACGUCUCCAUCAUCACCGUCACUGAACAUCAUAUCCAGCCCUGACCCCUGCCCUGACCCCAGCUCUCCUCCUCCAAAUCACAUCACAGUUGCUAAGAAACAGCAAUGGGCGUGGCAGGAAGCUUCUAGUCUGAGCUCCGCCCACAUGACCUCUGACCAGUGGUUGUCAUGGAUAUCCCACCAUGAAUCUGGGCUGACCUGGAGCGACAAGGCGCAUGCCGAAGCCGUGCCGCUUAGGGAUGCAGUUAUCAGUACGCAUCAGGAAGACUCCCAAGCUUCAGGGGGCGCCACUGAGAUUCUCACCCCAGGCGUCAGCGCCAAGCUGUCCGGCCAGCGGGCGUACCUGCAGAGCCUGGAGCGGAGCAGCCGAGCAUGGGUCCUGUCUUCAGGAAAGUCCCAGGAUGAUGAGUUUUGUUCUCUGGAGGAGAGCAGCAGCAGCAACAUCUGGUACAAUCCCAUCCCAGAGGAGGAGGAUGGAGGAGGCCCGCCGACAGAAGAGGAGGUAUGGAAGAGGAGGGAUGAAGAGCAGGAGGUCUCUGAUUUCAGAGGACACGGUUGUAGCUGUGAACGUCCACAGGAGGGCGCCAAUCCAAGCGUCAGUCACCAGGUUCCUGACAUUACUGAAGAAAUCUCAGACUACCCUGCCUCAGAAUCAAGCCCCCCCGCCCAAAACAAAGGGGGCGGAGCUGGGAGUGUGAUGGACAGGCUGAGGUCUCCUGGUACUGUUCGGAAACUCUCUUUAAAAAUGAAGAAACUUCCUGAACUCCGGCGAAAACUCAGUCUACGUUCAUCUUCCCGUACUAACCGCCAGACCGGCGGAGGAGGUGGGGACGAACCGACCAAUAGCAACGCAGCAUCAUCCCCGGUCCUGGCCAAUCAGAACGUCAUCAGCAGGUACCAUCUGGACAGCUCCGCCCCCCCAGCGCGUCCUCGCCAUCGAUCAUCGAGACAACGCUCUGCCGGCAAAGGAGGGUACCUCAGUGACGGAGACUCCCCUGAGCUGUUGCCCCGACAACAGACUGCUGACCUCACAGCAUCCCAGGAAGUUUGGAGUGACGUCAGUUCGUUUCAGCUGUACGUGGGAUCAGAUCCGCCGCGAUGCAGCCAGCGGGUGACGGGGUUACUGACAGUGCACCUGCUGGGCCUGGAGGAGAUGAAGAGCAGCAGAUCAGAGGACAGCAAAGAAAUCUUCUUGGCCAUCCAAGUCGAUGGGGUGACAAGAGCCAGAACCGCCCUCUUGACCCUCAGAGGCCACAACCGGCCCCUGAACCACACCUUUCACCUUGACUUGGAGAGGGCCCGGCAGCUACGCAUCGUGGUGCUAACGCCAGCAGCUCCAUCAGUGGUAGGCGGAGCCAAACCAGACCAGAGUCAUUCUGCUGGAGGUCCAAACAGAAACCGGGUCUGCUGUCUGGGUGGCGUCUCCAUCCCACCGCUCUUUAAAGGAAGUCGCAGUCAGCAGCUCUGCCUGAAGCUGGAGCCCAGAGGACUGCUGUACGUCAAACUGACUCUGCAGGAAAAGUGGGUCACCCAGCACGGCAGGGAUCCCUCAACUCCUGCUAAUGUGUUUGGGGUUGAACUGCACCACCUGGUGGAGAAAGAAGGAAGCGCAGCUCCAGUUCCCUUGUUGAUCCAGAAGACGGUGGCAGAAAUAGAGAGACGAGGACUGAAGGUGGUGGGUCUGUACCGGUUGUGCGGUUCCGCGGCCGUCAAGAAGGAACUGAGAGAUGGGUUUGAGAAGAACAGUUCAGCCGUUUGUCUGUCCGAGGACCGGUACCCCGACGUCAACGUCAUCACAGGUGUUCUUAAGGACUACCUCCGUGAGCUGCCAUCGCCGCUCAUCACUGGGACUCUGUACCAGGUGGUCCGGGAGGCCAUGACCCUGCGGCCACCACUGGAGACUCCCGACCCAGAAGCGGCCCAAUGCACCGUUAGACUCCUGUCCUGUCUACCGGAGCCAGAGAAGGCCACGCUGUCCAUGUUGCUGGAUCACCUCAGCCUGGUCGCAUCCUUCAGCUCCUUCAACCGAAUGACACACCAGAAUCUGGCCGUCUGCUUUGGGCCGGUUCUUCUCACCCCAACCCAGGAGGCCCGCCGGGCGGCUGGCCGAGGGGGCCGGGGCAAGACCCUCGGUCCAGGGGAGGAGAUGGCCGAUGCAGUGGACUUCAAGCGGCACAUCGAGGCCUUGCACUACCUGCUGCAGCUCUGGCCAGUGCCGAUCAAGCGAGUGCAAGUGGACGAUCCCUCCCCUCCAUCCUGUCCCUCCAUUGCCCGGCAGCUCCAGGUCAAACCGUGGCUUCCCGUCGCCGACGGCGUAGUGUCCCGUCGGGGGCGCGGCGGACCAGCCCGGUUGGAGAGCCCGCCCCCCGUCAACCGGUAUGCCGGGGAUUGGACCGUCUGCAGGCCUGACCUGCCGGCAGAGGAUGAAGCCGACUAUGACGAGGUGGCAGGAAGUGAGAGCGACGGAGGCAGCAGAGAGGAAGAGGAGGAGGAAGACCAGAAGGAGGCUUGGCCUCCCGGAGCCACAGGAGGAGGCCACUUCGUAGACGACUUCAUGGACUUUGAUGCUCCGUUCAACUGUCGCCUCAGCCUGAAGGACUUUGACACCCUGAUCCACGACCUGGAUCGGGAGCUGGCCAAGCAGAUCAACAUCUGCCUGUAGAGGGGUAGUGGAGGGGGGUGGGGGGUUGCUCAUCACCUUGUCUGGACCAAAACCCAGAUCUGCCUACCGGGAGUUGGUGAGUCCAGAGCCAAUUGGAUCGCUUCUAGAAGAUUACUUUUCUGAAAGUCAAGGAAUUUUCUGUAGUUAAGUUUCUCUUUGCACGACUGAAGUCAAAAUGCUCCACUGCUGAGGAUAGGCUGCCCCCCAGGGUCACUGCUCUGCUGCCCCCCAGGGUCACUGCUCUGCUGCCCCCCAGGGUCACUGCUCUGCUGCCCCCCAGGGUCACUGCUCUGCUGCCCCCUGCUGCCCAAGGAGGCGAACUGCAGCCUCUGUUAGGGACUCGAGAUGCUGAGGGGUUUUGCCGUCUUGGGUACAGUGGGGUGGGGCCCGGUUUUGUCUGCAGGGUUCAAGGGUUCAGCGUUUAUCGGUACAGGUUUUGUCACUGUGAGAGCGUUCUCGGUCCUACUUGAUGUUCCUGGCAGUAUUAUUAUUUAGUUUUGCACGCGCCCAGUAAGCACUUGUGAUUUUUUUUAUCAGUAUGUUUGUAAACAGAUGAUGUAACCAAAGAUUUAAAGCACAGCUGCCUGUUUGUUCAUUCCAUAAACAAAUAAUAAACACUAUUGAUAUAUUUAAA